GUGCUGUAAUAAGCGGUCAUAGUACGCGUGUACAUAACAUAGUACGCAUGGUAAACAUUGUACAUGUAGUUGCUUAUAAAUUCGUGAAAGUGAACACGUCAGGCCAAAAACAAAUUUGAACCGGCCAGCAUCAGUGCACUGAGUGAAGUAUUUCAUGAGUAAAUGGUCAGGUGUCCUACCUAGAAUGGCAAUUACCCAGAGGUCCACCCUGCUUCUUUUCGCACUAGCAUGGCUGGGGGUGUGUUCAAGUUUCACUGUCAUCAAAGAUGGAGCCAGCAGUCUCUACUUCUGCAAAGAAUUGGACUGCCCCAAGUUUGAAGAAAAAUACAACUCUACAGCCUAUCAGAUCCGAAUGUAUGAGACAUCCAAAUGGGUCAGCACUACGAUCACUGGCUUAGAUUACCAAGCUGCUACUGAGGAGGCUUUCAUGAAGCUAUUUGAGUACAUCGAAGGAGAAAAUGACCAACAUGUUAAGAUACCAAUGACAGUGCCCGUGAUCAACCGUAUUCAGCCCGGCCUGGGGCCCGUCUGCGCAAGCAACUUCACCGUCUCGUUCUUUGUACCCUUCAAGUUCCAGAGCAACACGCCCAAGCCGACCAAAAAAGAACUCUUUAUAAAUACGCUGGGCCAGGAGAAGGUGUACGUCAGAGUGUACCAUGGCUUCACUAACCAGACCAACUUCCCCAAAGAAGCCGCAGACCUAGGAGACGUGCUGAAUUCCACCCAGACCUACGACAAGUCCUACUACUACACGGCUGGCUAUGACAGCCCCUUUGUCAGCCACGACAGGCACAAUGAGAUUUGGUUUAUUGCCACUGAUAAGUAAAGGCUAAGGCUUAGGCUAGCUGGCAUGAGGCUUGUGCGUCAAAAGUCAAACCACCCUUUCACCUCAGAUGGUGAUCCAGCAAGAGUUAUUUGAGACAAGCAAAUCAUAUUAUUUUUUUUUCGAUCUAAUUUGGGAUAGGUGGUAAUAAUUGAAUAGUAACUCUCUGAAUUUCUUUAACCACGAAGAGAUGGCCUUUUCAUUUCUGAUUUUGCGGAAAAUGAAGUGCCUGCUAUCAAUAUUUUCUCAAUAUGUCGAGUUGUAAAUUAUCUUGUUUCAUGCUAUUGUUUUGAAUUUCCCUUACUAAAAUAUGCAAAAAAGCAUACACCACUGUGUAAAGUGGAGCCAAUGCCUAAUUUUGUUUUGAAAACAGUGAAAUAAAUCCUGUACCGAAUUUUACUAAGUUUGACACUUUGCAAUGCAGGUUAAUCAGUGAUUGUUGGACUAGUCUAGUCAACUAUUCUGUGUGACAGGUCAACAUAGAAAGAAUCCUUUCGAUGGUCAGCCCACAGUAUUGUGUUAUUUACGCAGGAAUCCUAGAUUCUCCUUAAUAGUUCUGCUUUGGUAUUUUCGUAGUGCCUUACCCCACUUAUAAGUGGUCCUAUGUGCUUUAGCUUGAAUUGAAAGCCGUUGCUGUAGAAUCGAAAUAUUAAGAUGAUAGAGGACACAUUUUUUUGUAUACAUGUAUGUCGAAAUAAGUUCAUUGCAUGAAAUGCAUAUUUUUGUAAGCAUUAUUUCUGAAAUCCAUUGCUUUGGUGUUUCUUUCAGUGUAAAGGUUAGCUAUUUUGUAUUUGGGAAAAGAAAUGUUACUGAAUUAUUAAUAUUUUGUUACAGCUCUUUGCACUCAACCCUAAUUGGGAAAAAAACACGUACAUUUGUCUGGAAUAUUUAUUAAUUUUUUCCCAACAUCAUGUUUUGUGACAACAUUACUUUUCAUUUAUAAAACAAAUCUUACUUUUAAUCAAAACAAGGCAGCCUUGUUUGGCUUUCAGUAUUAAAACUUGUGUAUUUGGAUAAUGUUAAAAUGGAAAACAUGCAAUAAUCUCCGAUGUCAUCCA